UCUGAAUCUGAGCACGACCUCACAGUUUUUCUCCCGUCUCACGAUCGGAUUUCCUCGGAUAUUCCAACGGGCGUAGGUGUGCAUCGACCGGAGAGAAAUCUGAGAGCGACCACGCGAACGAUUUAGUGACUUCUGACCACUUCUGGCAUUCCGCAGCGCUACCUGAGAAAGCGAUCCAGAAAUCUGAUCCACGAUUUGUUAAUGUAGCACGGAAAUCGAUGGGAUUAUUUGCCGCACUCUCGGAUUUUUCUUCCUCUUAUGGUCUCGUAAAAAAGAAAAGAGAAUAUAUAAAUUUUUAUUGGAGCGUUAGAACUUGCGCCUAACCUCCUACGUUGAUUGACAAGCACGUGUCAAGAUGUGUGGAACGCAAGACUUAGAAUCGGAAUGUUAUCAAGGCGCUGUUGCUACAUGAUGACAUGCUUCUAAUGCUGACCAAUAUGAAGCCAUGGAGCUUAUAACAUUAGAGCUAAGACCACGCUUGCAAUCCUGCAAUGUAUUUAUUUCCAUGCAGAAGGAUCUCUGCUUAAAGAAUGUUCAGAUUAAGCUUCUGGAAAAUAGCAUAGUAUUAAUUCUGGAAGACCGUAACAUCAAUUUCUCAUUGCCAUCUAUAAAAAUUUUACCAAUUUCUUUGUCUACAUUAAGCAUAAUAAACAAUUGGAUUUGCUUCCGUUUGCAAACCGCGCCGAUGGAAUCCGUAUUUGGCUCUUUCAACACAGAAGUGGUAACCGAUUUGAAUAAAUCAUCGAUUCAACCGAGUUCGACUCACUCGCAGCCUAUCUUAAAUGACAUCAAAUUGUUAUUUGAAACGUCAGAAUGCACCAUGCUGUGCGCUUGUUGCAAAAAUAUUAUUUCGAAAUCGAUCAACUUCAAGAGGUUUCUACCUUUGCCCGAUGCAGAAUACGAUCCUGACGAAUGGUUCUGUUGUAAGAAGAAUUGCAAUGUCAUGUCGAACAUACAGCCACAGGAGACUGAUUAUCUGUAUGGCUCUUAUUUUUCUGUAUUACAUAAAAAUAUUUUUGAAAACAAUGUAUGUAUAGAUAAUAAAACGUUGACCUGUAAUAAAUGCUUGUUGCACAUAGGAUCAUUUCAUGUAUCUAAUUUAUUCAAAAUAUGGAAUUGUUGCGUAGAUUAUAAACCACAGAAUCAUGAAUUGAAUACUGUGAAUGCAACUGAUUCGCUCAGCGAUUUUCUCACACUUGCAAGAGAAUCGCUGAGCGAAAUUUUAGGAGAGGAAAUAAUUCUGCAAACCUCCGUUGGCAAACAGACGCAUCGUCUUCUAAUAAAGCCGAUGGAUUACAAAUUAAAUUUAAUUACAGAAUCCGAUUACAAAGUUGACGGUAAUACUGACGCUAUAUCCUUACAACAGAAAUGCGUUGCCAAAGUUUUAUACAAGUACGAAACUAAUAAAUUUAUUAUAAAUGCUAAUUAUUUGAAUGUUAAGUAUCACGAAGUGGGUUUACCGAUAAUAGAAGCUGGAUUAAAUUAUUUGUUAUCGUCAACAAAACGACUGCCUCAUAUCUACAGAACAGCUGCUACAGAUUAUUAUCUUGGUUAUAUUGUUUUAGGAGAAAUCGCAAACUAAAUAUUUUUUGUUAAAUAAUGUUAAUUUUUAUACAUUGCAUAUAUUUUGUACAUCUA